AUGCCAAAAGCAGAAGUUGGCUCAACCAAGCACUUGAGCAACAAGCUCAAGUCAAAGGGACUUCAGCGCCUAAGAUGGUAUUGCCAAGUGUGCGAAAAGCAGUGUCGCGAUGCCAAUGGAUUUAAGAUGCACACCCAGUCCGAAAGCCACGUGCGACAAAUGCUCGUCGUCGGCGAGGACCCGAAAAAGUUCAUCAACCAGUACAGCGAUGAGUUCUCGAAAGACUUUCUGCAGCUGCUGAGGACGGCUCAUGGAGAGAAGCAAGUCCACAUCAACCAGUUCUACCAAGAAUACAUUGCCAACAAAGAGCACAUCCACAUGAACGCGACGAAAUGGCCGUCAUUGACCGAAUACGCCAAAUAUCUCGGAAAGGAAGGAUUAUGUCGAGUAGAAGAGACGGAAAAGGGACUUCACAUUAGUUGGAUCGAUAACUCACCCGACGCUCUUCGGCGACAAGAGGCACUGAGGAGGAAGGAAGCCCAAGAUCAAGGCGACGAAGAAAUUGAACAGCGCAUGAUACGAGAACAAAUCAAACGAGCUCAGGAGAGCGCCGGAAAACGCGAUGGAGAUGACGAGGAGGAGCCAGAGGACAGGGAACUCAAAAGACAAGAUGGCGAGAAAAUAAAGCUCUCGUUUGGUGCGAAGCCUAAGCCCGAGCCCGAGCCAAACUCUACACAGGACAAGCCUGAAGGAUCAAAAGAUGCCGACAAGAGCGAGGAGACAGAUUCUACCGCGUCAAAGGAGCAACCAAAGCCAGCUACGAAUAAGGGCUUUGGCGGGGUGUCCCUAAAGUUCGGCGAAAAGCCGCAGGUGAAGAACGUUUUUGCCCAGGCAAAGAAGAACGCGUUGGCUUCAGGAUCAAAGAAGGGAUCUGUACUACAGCAGCCCAAGAAAAUGAGCGAGGCCGAGAGGAUCAUGAAAGAAGAGCUAGAGAGGAAGAGACCCAGCGGCUCGGUCGGGUUCGGGAUGCCUAAUGGUAAGAAGCAAAGGAAUAAUUGA